AUGGCAAGGCGAUUCAAUAGACGGAAAAAAGACAAUAAAAGUACUAAACGAAUCAAACCAUACUUUGCCAACCUCAGACGUAUCAAAAAGUGGAAGCACUUAAACGAGGCACGUAAAUACGUCCUCAAUUUAUCAAAAUACCAACUAAAUGAUAAUGAAUAUGUCCUAUUAGCAAAAGGGCUUAAAUUCAUUCCAACACCUAAACAAAAAAACGUUAAGAGGUGUAUCCUUAAAGACUUCGACGAGUUUGCUAGAAAAUUGAGAUGCAAAUAUCAUUUUGAUAAUGGGGCAGAUUCAAAAAUCCACCCAUUUAGAACUUCGUCGGGUUUUCAACCCCCUUACACAUGUAGCCUACUUGAAGAAUACAUUGACAAAACAAAGUUGGAAUUAUCAUCUAUCACAACCAAAACAUUCCAAGACAACCUAACUCAUAGCGAAAGAAACGCUCUUUCCUCGCUUAAAAAAAAUCUCAAUGUUGUCAUUGAAAAAGCGGACAAAAGCAAUACUACAGUUAUAAUGGACAGGAAUCAGUACAUAUCAGAAGCAGAGCGCCAGUUACUCUCAAAGCAUUAUAUGCAAGUUGAAAAGCCAAACUUAAUAUACUUGCAAGAUCUUAUUCAAACAAGAAUAAAUGACAUGCACUCCAGGGGCUCCAUAGAUAAAAUUACUCUACAAUUUCUGAAAGAGAAAAAUCCGUCACUCAAAUGCGGCCAAUUUUAUCUGCUCCCUAAAAUACACAAACUUCAAGACAAUGUCCGAAAUGCCCUCAUUAAUGACCUAUGCAGUAUCAGACGAUUACCACCUGGGCGGCCAAUUAUUGCUCAAUGCAAUACACCAACGAGGAAAAUUGGGGCAUAUUGUGACUACUUUCUUAUCCCCAUCGUACAAAAACAAUUAACUUAUAUCAAGGACACUACUGAUUUUAUCAAUAAGAUCGAAGGCUUAGAACUCCCGACUGAUGCGUUACUAAUCACUUACGAUGUAACCAGCAUGUAUACAAAUAUGGAAUUUGAAGAACAACUAAAUGCCGUCAGGAAUGCUUACAACAACGCGGAUAAAAGCAACUCAGACAUCCCGUAUCCUGAUGUGGACGACUUAAUUUUUCUUCUCAGAUGCGUAUUAGAAAACAAUUACUUUGAAUUUAACGGAAAAUUCUACAAACAAAUCAUAGGCUGCAGCAUGGGCGCAGUACCUUCCCCGGAAAUCUCAGACAUGAGAAUGUACGAAAUUACGCAGAUUAUUGAAUAUAAAUUUCAUCAGGUCAACAAAAUUCUGUUUCAUGGCAGAUUUAGGGAUGAUGGAUUCAUAAUCUUUAACGGAACAAAGGAAGAAAUUCUAGAAUUUUUUGACAUCAGUAACAGCUGUCAUAAACAUCUUAAAUUCACAUUUGAAAUAGCUCACUCAUCCGUGAAUUUCCUGGACACAACGGUUUACAAAGGCAAUAGAUUUAAUCAUUGUCAGAAACUUGAUAUCAAAUCUUACAUAAAACCAACUAAUAAUUUUCAAUAUCUUCAUAGAAACAGUGCACACAACGUCUCUGUAUUUAAAGGUUUCAUCAAAGGAGAAUGUAUAAGACACUCCAGAAAUACUAACGACCCCUCAGUUCUUAAAACAAUUCUACAGGAUUUCAAGGGACAUCUUUCAAAGAGAGGAUAUUCUGAGGAAGAAAUUAACCCAAUAGUCGAAGAAACAACACAGAAGGAAAGACAACUCUUUUUAAGAAAGAGAGAAAAAACAAAUUCAAGUCAUCCACACGUCAUGGUUACAAAAUUUAACCCUCGCGUCAAAGGAUUAAAAAAACGGAUUUUAAAGUAUUGGAAUAUUUUGGAAGCAGACCCAACAUGCAAAGAUCUAUUCAAAUCGGAACCCAUCAUUGCGUAUAGUAAGCAUAAAAACAUCGGAGAUCUAUUGAUAAAAUCAAGUUUACAAUAA